ACCUAUCCUACGACUAGUUUGGUAAAGUGAUAGUUUGGACGUGGUUAGGGUUCGUUUGCCUUGGGUACUGGACAGUUUCGAUCUGGGUAUGGGGGUGCUCCUCGAGGUUUCGAUCUAGGGUUUGUUUCGUCUCCUUUCCCUCAACUCAUCUACUUCUUUCUCACGAGGGGCGUGAGUUGCUGGACAUCGAUGCCGAUCAACACUCUGGACGUUGAUAUGGAUAAGUUUUCUGCACAUCGAUGCUGGUGCGGGGCUACUUGAAGCUGGUCCGGAACGGUGAUGAGAAGUUGUGUUGUGAGAGUAGCGUGGAGCGAUCAUCGUCCAGGGGUUUGAAGGGUCGUGUUCCUCGGAUCGGGCUCUUCUUGUGGGUUCCCUACUGAAUUGGGUCGUGGAGGAGAAUGGGUGACGGUGGUGAAAAUUUGGAAGAGCUGAUACGAAGUGUGGAGGACCAGAUAAGAAGAGUGGAACAGAAGAUAGACAGAGUUGAAGUCCAGAUCGACGGAUGCCGUGAUGAUGAGGAGAAGAAACAUCUCCGACACAAAGAAGCGCAACUCCGAGAUGAGAAAGCGCAACUUCGAAACAAAGAAGCCCAACUCCGAGAUGAGAAAGCGCAACUCCGAGAUGAGAAAGCGCAAAUUAGGGUGCAAAUCCUGCAAGAACGAGAUUCCAUUGAUCAUUCCGCGGAAUUGCUCGAGGGGUUGUUGCUCCCACCUGUGAUUGAGCUCCCACAAGAUGGAGUUGGGCUAGCACGGGUGCUGUUUCCUUCGUGGCACGGGGAACAGCACGGGCAGCUUCCUGUUGUAAAUAAAACCUACCUUCGAAUCAGAAACCGGUUUCCUAAGUUCGCAGAGGAGUUUUUACGCGUGACAGAUGUUUCGACGUUAUCCAUGUCCUUGUCCAGCACCUUGGAGGAAGCAACUAUCGCUCCAAAAUCGGAGAUGGAUGUUUCAUAUACAGUUCAAGGCUACUUAAGGAGGUUUUUCAACGCUUGUAAUGAGUAUAGCUUGGACGGUGCUACCCUCGAUUUGACUUUCAAUAAAAGUGAAAAGCUAUCACUGUCGAAAUCCAAUGCAACACUAUCACGCAAGAGGCCUGAUACGCUCGGUGUAAUGUCUCAGUGCACAUUUCUUGUCGGUGAAGACAAGCUAUCCGACUUGUCAGAAGCGGAAAACGGCAUUUCUCUUAAAAUGCAGCCACUUAACCCAAGAUUUUAUGGAGACCUGCGGUUCAUUUUGGGGUAUAUAGCAGCCGGUACCAAAUUUCAAUGGGUUUUUAUUGGAAAGGAUAGGUCUCUGGUACGUAUUGAACCACUUCUUGACCUGGCAAAGAUACCCAACCGAAUCUUGUUGAUCCUGAGUAUUUUCAACGCCUUUACUUUAGUGAGGAAAAUGGCGGAGAAAAUCCCUCCCAUUCCAGGGCGCCAUGCGAUGUUUUCGUCGCUUGUGCAGGGAGAUUGCACCAUCUACUUCUUGAAUGACAGUGUCCGUAAGAAGAUAAAGAAUUUUAAAAGUUACUGCGAAGCUACUGCAACUGAUUUUAAUGUCGUUAAUCGAGCCUACAAUGAUGUGAAAGGGAGCCCGUAUCUUCCGAUGGUAAUUGAAGAGCCCGAGUUAGGACGAGGAGGAGAUAGCUACAAGGUUACAAUUGGUCCUCUUGGAUACUCUCCUAGGAUCAGGUCUGAGGAGGAUACCAAGAUGUUGGCCAAGAGUGUGUGCAACGCCUUGAAAGUCCUCCAUGAGAAGGGCUUUGUUCACAGGGAUGUUCGACUUCCAAAUAUAGUGGAGAUUACACAUGGGCAGUUCAUGCUCAUCGAUUUGGAGACAGUUGCAGAAUCUCCUUUCUUCGUGCAUCCCUCGUUCCACUACCUGACGGACUGGAGCAGGGACAUGUUGGAGAACUCGCACUAUACGCCCAAGUCCGACAUGUAUCAGCUUGGGAAACUCCUUGGCGACAAAUUUGCAACCUUCACUCGGUCACCUUCUGCCCAGCAGUUUAUUUCCAGGCUCAUGUCCAAACAGGUCGAUGCAAAUACGGCAUUGGAGGACCCUUGGCUAAAAGUCGAUGAAGAAAUGUCAGGUAUGUAAUGAAAGUUUUAGUAUAAUUUGCUUUGUAGGCUUCAGUACAGAAGAAGAAUACCUCCUUCGUGGGGUUUUGAAUUCCUUAAUUUUGACGAGAAUUGUUGACCCUUUCACAUCUUUAGAUUAGAGGAAUGAGCUGCAAUGGAGGGUCUAGGUUGCUGUAGAGAGAUUGCUACUGGGGAUUCUUUUCUUCAGUGGAGGUUACUCGUAAGGUGAUGUACAGAUUGGAUUACUCUGUAGGAUCAGUAUGAUAUCUAUCCCACUUGUGUCUGUAUUUGCUGAGGUUACCGGCAUACAGUGCAUGGAUGUGCAUCUAUGAAGCUUGAAGGUUUUGGUUACCUCCAAGCCUGGAUCCUUUUGUUGCAUUAGCAAAAUAAAAUUGUACACUUUUGAAACA